AUGUUGCCGAUUUAUAAAUCUUGGCAUACUUCAUCCGAUCAUGUUAUCGAUUCAAAGGUGCAACAAUGCGAUUGUGCGAACAUGCUGCAGCCUCAAUGCGGUUGUCAGAUGCCACCGAACCCCAGCUGUAAUUGCGGUCAAUUACAGCAACAGUACUCAAGCUGUGGAUGUGGUCCAUUAACAUACCAGGUUUCCUGCAAUCAAUGCCAACAGCCAGCGCAGAUGUGCGCUCCGUCCUGCAUGCCAGCCUGUCAGCCCAGCUGCAUGCAACAGCAACAGCCACAGCCACAGAUAAUCGUCGUCCAGCAGCAGCCCCAGCAGCAAUGUGCUCCAGCUUGCAUGCCGUCAUGCCAGCCACAAUGUAUCCAGCAAGCCUGCGUGCCUUCUUGCCAACCCAUGUGUUCUCCGCAAUGCACUCAGCAGCAGCAACCUCAACAGAUCCUCGUCAUUCAGCAACAGCCACAGCAGCAAUGCGCUCCAGCCUGCAUGCCGUCUUGCCAACCUCAGUGCAUUCAGCAGGCUUGUGCUCCAGCUUGCCAGCCAAUGUGUACUCCACAAUGUGUGGAGCAGCAACAGCAGCAGAUCAUACAGCAGCAACCUCAACAACAAUGUGCUCCAGCCUGUAUGCCAGCUUGCCAACCACAGUGCGUCGAACAGCAGCAACAACAAAUCAUCGUUGUUGCGCAGCCUCAGCAACAAUGCACUGCGUCCAGCAACAGAUCUGUGUCCAGGCAUGUCUGCCAAGUUGCCAAAGCUCUUGUGGUGGAAACUCCCAAUGUUCACAGACCUGUCAGAGCAGUUGCGAACAGUCUUGUGGCACUCAACAGGUCGUCGUUGUUCAAGCCCAGCCUAUUUGCGGGCAAUCCUGUCAGGUGA